AAUUAAAUUAUUGAUUUGAUCUUUCGUACGCCCCUGUCACGUUUGUCGAAGAAAUCGUAUGCUUUUAACCGUGUGUGUCAUAAGUCUCGAUAAUCAAACGAAUUUAAGUGGGUGUUUUUUUUUUCUAAUUUGCUGGAUGACAAAGUAUUAUUAAAUAAUAAAUACAAACAGUGUCAUUAAAAACAAACAAAUUUACAUUUUAUGCGGGAUCAUAUUUGAUGAUAUGAAUGUAUCGGAUGAAAUGGAAAAAUCAUGGGACCGAUCAUGGACUACAGAAGAAAUGAGAAACAAAAGACAAGAAUGGAGUUUGGCAGCUGAUGCAGGAUUAUUAAAACAUCUACAACAGUUUUCUGAAAAUCUGGUGUCAAAAGCUAACAAGACUCAACAAGCGAUAGAUUCGUUAACAACUCAAUUGGGCGAGACUGCAAUAAUUAUAGAUAAUUUAACCAACACUUCCUUGGCAUUGGCCAAUACUCAGUUUAUUGAGAGUCGAGUACAAGAAGAUGAUAUAGAAAUAAAAAAAGAAGUAGAACAAGAAUUACCAAAAACAGAUUUUCUUACCAAUAUAAUUGAAAGUGUUAAACAAGGUCUAAAUGUAAUGGAUGAAAAAUAUAAAAGAAUGGAAGUUAUUGAUAGCGAUAGCGAGGAUGAGGGUGAUACAAGAGUUAUGAGCGUUAUUUUGGGGCCAAAAGAUCCAUAUCAAGAUCGACCUUUGCCUUAUGUCAUUGGUUCACAUAAAUGGAAUACUUCUAAUAAAAUUGGUUUAGAAAGUAGCAGCAGCGAAUCUGAGCAAGUGGACGAAGAAGAGGAUGACUCAGAAAGUUAUCAAGAUGAAGUAAGAAUACAAGAAUCAUUUGAUUCAAAAAAUGGCCCAAACAUAGAUACCGGAUUGACUUCUUCGUUAAGCGUAUCAGAAAAAUCAAACGAUGCUUCGUAUAUGAAUCAUGGAAAAUUAGACAGUAUAUCUCAAAAUACAAUGAGUUUUGCAUCUGAUUGUACAACACCAGUCAAGGAUCCACUAAAGGUGCAGGUUACUAAUGAGUCACCUAACUUUGCUGAAGAAUUAGCUAAGAGAUUAGGCAACGUUCGACAGACUUUAAAACCUCCGAUAACGAAUGAAUCCAGGGAACCUUCUAUUAAUAAAUUUAAAGACGAUAAUUUAUUUACACCAGAAAAUGAUGGUAUAGAAGAUUUCUUUAACGAUAAACCCAAUAAUCUAUUUGAGGAUAACAAAGAAAUUUUGGAAGAUAACGUAUCGGCUAAGUUAUGGCAACAUCGACCUGUUUUUCAAUCGAAUAUUAUUCCACCGAGUAUGGAUGUUCCACCACCUAUAAGUACAAUAUCGACGAAACCGAAAUCAGCGAUCGAUGAUUUAUUCGAUAAAGGAGAUUCAGAAGAUUCGGAUGAUAUUUUCUCGUCGAAACAACCUGUAAAAAGGAUUACGAAAGAUGCUACCUCGGAGAGUAAACAAGCUGUAAAUACAGAAAAUGUACAAAAUAAGUUCCUUGAUGUUGUGAUUGGCAAGACUACUAAAACUAACUGGGCAACUAGUACACCAGAGUCUAACGUUGAAGCCAAUAAUCUGUUCAGCGAAGAAGAAGAAGAAGAUGACAAUGAUCUCUUUGGAACUUCUAAAAAGAAUACCAGUAAGUCUAUGGGAGAAACACAGAAGAAUCGCGUUAACACGGAGGAUAAUGACAAAAAGAAACCUGCCGGCGAUUCUUUAAUAAUCGGUGGAGUUUUAACUUCUUCGAUCGAGAAUGCAUUGUCAAGUAAAAUACCUCGUCGUCAAUCAUCGGAUUCAUCCAGCAGCGACACAGAAUCAAAUUAUGAAGUUGCUUUCAAUAAUGAACCUUUAUUUGAAGAUAAUUCAUUACAGGUUGUCCGCGAUCAGAGUUCUAAUAUUACUGCAAGAGCAGGAAAUUCAGGAAACUGGAACGUUAAUCUUGAAAAUAGCGAGAAUAGCAGUGGUAUAUCGAUUAAACGUCACAGUAUCAGCAGUACAAUGGCUCUAACAAUGCCGAUAGAUGAGGUAUCAUCAUCAACACGUUUAAAUUCGGCAGAAUUUUAUCGUGAAAGAAUAAUCAACGAUAGUCUAUUCGUUGCUAACACUUUGCAUCCUCCGGAUGUUAAUUCUACUUCGUUCAGGACGUCGAACAAUCAAUCGAACACGGAGCAAACAAUAGGAAACAUUUCUACGGAUGACGUGUUUGAAAACAAGGAUUUCUUAGGUCCACCACCUCUUCCUAAAGCAGAUUCUAAAACGAACAAAUCGAAAAUUCCUUCUCUCUUCGACGAUUCAGAUUCGGGUGAUGAACUUUUUUCUACGACUAGUUCUGGUUCAAGGUCACAAAAGAGUACAGACUUUUUAGCUACGACUCCUCAAUUUCCGGAUAAAAAUAAAUUAUUGUCCAAUAAUAAGGGACUUUUUGACGAUGAUAUCGACAUUUUUAGUAACAAGGAUUCACCGGACGUUGAUAUAACCGGAAAUUUUUUGAAACCUUACAAGGAUAACAUUAUUGCUUCGAAAAGAUUUCAGGAUAUUGCAUCUAAUAAUUUUUCGAUUGACAAAACUCACAGUACGAACGUUUCAAAAGAAAGUAACAUUAUCAAAUUACCUGCUAACUCAACAACGUCAACGAAGAAGAAUAGUCUUUUCGAUGAUGAGGAAGAUGAUAAUGUUGACGAUUUGUUUGGAGUUAAAAAGACAGAAAUCAAAAGCAAAAUCGAAGACAAAAUGUUUACUUCCGAUCCUGAAAACGAUUUAUUUUCGGUGAAACCAUCAACGAAGACGACAAAAGUGAUGGAUAAGAAAACUUUGUCUCGAGAAGAAGAAACUACUGUGGAAGAUAUUAAACGUCAAUCUUUAUUAUCGAAAGAUACGUCAUUGGAAGGUACAGUCAACAACUUUGUAGUUACAACUAAGCAGGAUAAAGGACAGGACAAUCAAAAGAAGGACGCACUUUUUGAAGAGGACGAUUAUGAGGAUUUGUUUGUUAAUGAUAAGAAAGAGAAGAAAAAAGUAGAAGUGGAAAGUAAAAUAGAAGAUAGUAAAGAAUCGAAUGAGAUAAUUUCAAAGAAAGAGUCAGUUCAAGUUGAGGUCAAAUUUUCUGAUAACUUUGAUGAUAAUAAUAGUACGGAUGUUGAUAAUAAAAAACAUCCACCGACAACGUUAAACAUUCGUACUACUACGUCAUCGUCUGCGGAAGAUAAUUCUCAAAUGCCAAGGCGAACAACAGUAUCAGGAAAGAUUAAAGAUUUAAUGGGUAAAAUGGGUGAUUUGAAAAUUCUUUCUCCUACUGAUACACCACCAUUGUGGAGAAAGAGCGAAGAGAAAACAGAUGAAGAGGAUGAUGUUAUUGAUAGGGACAGCGAUGAUGGAGGUUGCAUUGCUAAACCAAUUCAAACUCCGCCAACAGAAAAUACUGAACUUUCGAAACAACAGAUUCGGCCAGAUAGUAAUGGUAACACCGAAAGUGCAAUCAGUUUUGACGUACCUGCACAAGUAGAAACACUAUCGACUGCCUCAAAGAGUCGAGUGAGAAUUCAAGCAAAACGUCGACCUCAGAGUAGACAUGCACGAAAAUCAGCUCUCAGACAAAGUGGUUUAGAUUUUGAUACCGUCGAUACGAUUGAAAAGAUUCCUCAAGGUGAAAGUUCUGUUCUUUCGAAAGAGUCGUCGAAUAAUUCGACGGGUCACGGAGUAGUUCCUCCAAACGAUGAUCGUUUGACUUUAUCUUCUUCGAGUUUCGUUGAUAAUACUUUGCGACACGUAGAAUUGAAUCCUUCGACCGGUGAUGAUAAAUCUGAGCUUGGAAGUAUUAGUAAAGAAAGUUCGAUAAGCGCGAACAAGAAUACCUUGUUGUCUCCAUCAACUGACGAAGAAGAUUUGUUCGACGUACCACCAGAUUUACCGGAGGACUCACAAAGGGAAGAUGCAUUGUUUGGAAGAGCACCAAUACUUUCACCAAUUCAAAAUGUUUUGCCUGAUAGAGAGCCAACAUAUGGUAGACCUUUGAGAGAUACUAUCAUUGGUGGUAAUGAUGAAAAUGAAGAAACUAUUAGAAAAGAUUCGAUCAAAUCUGAGCUGAGUAGUCAUAAUAAUUCUAUAUCUGAUACUAGUUUUGACGUGGAUGAUAAUGAAAAGAAAAUUGAAGUAAGAUCGAAUGAGAUAGAACGUCUUACGAAAUUUCAAGAGACUAGAACCGAACAAAUAGACGAUUCGACAGAGUCUACGAAUGAUGUAUUUGAACAAGAGUAUUUAAAAGGACCGAUAGAUCCUUUGCAUGAUAAUACGUACGAUCCUUUAAAAGAUCCAAGUCAAUUGUUUGCGUUUGUAACGAAAACUCCUUCUCCUGAUAAAGGUAAAGAUUUAUUAUUUUCGGAUGAUGAUAGUCUAUUUAGUAGUCGGUCCAUCAAAACGAAUAGAGAAGAAUCGAUAAGAAAACAGGUUUCUAAUUUAUUCGAGGACGAUGCAAGUGGUGAUCUAUUUUCAGUUCCUUUACCAAAAUCUGUGAAAAAGACUUUGAAAGAUACCAAAAUCAGUUUCUUUGAUGAAGACUCGAACGAUCAGAACGACGAAGAUGACAGUUUGUUCGGUCCUAUUGCGAAAAAGAUGUCUGUUAAAAACGAAGAAGAAAAAAGUAUUGUAACGGCGAAAGUUUCACAAAAGAAAAUCAAUCUUUUCCAAGACGAUGACGAAGAUGACGAUAACGAUGCCACAAGUUUGUUCGCAGAACAACAACAAUCAGUACAAACGCCAAAAGUCGAAUUAUCCAAAGUUCCUCAAGAAUCAGGAAAACUUGAAAGUAUUUUGUCCGUUGAUGACAAGCCUGUUAACAAACCUUCCAAAUUGGCCGACAUAUUUGGCGAUCAAUCGAGUACCGAAGACGAUAUAUUUACUUCUAUAAAACCAGUAUCAAAAAAGAUAAUACAGAACAAGUCAUUGUUCGCGGCUGAUAGUGACGAUGAUGAUAGUCAAUUUUUCGGUAAAUCAUCAUCUUUGGUAGAAUCCACACCAAAUGAAAGUAGACCAAUCGUUAAAAAAUCUGUCACGCGAGACCUUAAAAAAACAGCCGAAAAGAUAGUCGAAGAUCCUUUAAGUAUAUUUAAAGAUGAUUAAAAUUUUAUUUAUUCGUAAGUGUAUAUUUAUCACAUUUUUUUAAAACAAUUUAAAAAUUUUUUUUUUAUAUGCUUUUGUUGUCGUCCUUCAACUUUUAAACUGAUAGAUGUGAAAAUUCGACAGCAUAAACAUUAAAAA